AGAGUUUAACUGGCAGGAGUAGGGCUGAAAUGGGGAGAAGUGUGACCCGAUGUUGACUGAAGCACGAUUGGGCGGAGCUUGUAGCUCUGGCUUAAGCAGACCACAGCUGUCAAGGCUUCUGCUGUGAUGGAAAAGACCGACCUGGGCGGGGCUUAUUGAUGAUUGACGGGGUAGGCAGGCUCAGUUAUUAUUUCUGCUCCUUAUUUCACACAUGUUGGCAUUCAUCCAAUACUAUCGCGAUGCGCAUGGUGGUGCCCACCUGCCAUCCAGAGGUCAGAAGACGAAGAUCGGGUGUUUAGGCUAGCCUGGGCUAUAGGAGACCCAUCUAAAAACCAAAAUGGAAAGAAAAAGUAAAAAGAGAAGCCAGCAGACACCCUGCGGACAAGGCUCACUGUGCCACGGGAGCCGCCUGACGCCGACAAGCAGUGCUCCAUUGGAGCAGCAGUCAGUCUCAUUGAAGGGAAACAUCGCCGGUGAACGGGUGCAGGAACCGCCAAGCCUGAAGACCUGAGCUCGAUCCUGCAUGGUGGAAAGAGAGAACCGAUUCCCACAAGCGCGUGUGGCUUACCCACCCACAGACACAAACAAAUAAAGCAAGUAAUGGAAAGUAAAAUUAUAUUCCAAUGCUGGAGCCCACUCCUACAGGCUUUUUGUUUUUGUUUUAGAAACACACAAAAAUAAAAAUAAUAAAGGAAAAAAAAAAGACCUUACAGUGGAGUGAGCCCCAGUGAACACGGGGACACUGAGAAAACCUGAAAUGGAAAUGGAGAGACUACAUACAGUCAACACAGCUGACCCAAAACUCCUGCUUCGGAAAAAAACCUAAGGACCCAGGGCAACAAAGGGAAGAUCUGAGAACCGUCUGUGAUCAGGGGGUGAAAGAGGUGAUGAGUGCCCGGGCCACGCGGCCCCGAAGCCGUCGAGGGAGGCAUCCUCCACCCGGGGAGCUGGAUCCUGUGGCUGAGAGUUCGGAGGAGGUGGAGGCCACCCAUGGGAGCUUCGAGGCCAAACCUGGGCUGCUUCAGGAACACCUCGGUCCUAACCUGCAGAGCCCAGGGAACCGGCCCGAGGAUGACUGUGGCGUGGGAUUUCACGGGGCCCUAGUCGUGAAGCCAGAAGAAGAACGGUGUCAGCCUGAGGCCGAAGGCCACCAGACCCCACCGGCAGCCCCGCUGGGUCAUAGCCCUCCCGAGACAUCAGUACCCAGUGUGUUUGAGACCCUGGAGAGCAGGCUGAGCUCCCUAGAGGCCACUGUGGCAGCCUGGCGCCACCGCUCCCUAAGCUUUCCAAGGCCAGUGGAAGGAGAAGACAGAGAGCAGGGGCCACCGGGGGCCUUUGGUGGUCAGGAAGAAGCCGGCUUGCCGGGACAGCAGGAGGCAGCCCGCCUCAUAGAGAGGAACGCCUGGCUGCGGCUAGCCCUGGGCAGCCGGGAGGAGGAGUUGGCUUGGACUCACGCAUCCCUGCAGGAUGCCCAGGCAGAGAAGGAGGCUCUGCAGAGACAGGUGCGGGACCUGGAGGACUCCCUACCGCGGCUGGAGGACCCGCCGGGGCUCCGCAGGGCAGGGCGCGCACACAGCAACUCCAGCGGCUCCGAGGCGGAAGGGGAGCCCUGGGCACCGCAGGACGCCCCCUUGGCUCACCCCCUUCUCCGACGCCUCCGGAGUGACUCCAGCACCCCGACCUUUGGGUGCCUUUCCACACCGCGUCCAACCCGUGAGAGGCGCCUCAUGGAAGACCAGAUGGGGCAGCUCCAGGGGAGCAUCGAGAAGCUCAAGUGCUUCAACCGCCUCCUGCUGGCUGUGCUCCAGGGCUACAAGGGCCGCUGCGAGAGCCUGAGCAUGCAGCUGGGCCAGCGGGAAGCUGAGGCCACGGCCCUGCACCUGGCCCUGCAGUACAGUGAGGAUUGCGAGGAGGCGUACCGGGUGCUGCUGGCCCUGAGGACGGCUAGCCCAGGAGCUGAAGCCACCGAGAGUGCCCUGCAGGCUGCCGAGGAGGAGGCCUCGAAGCUACUGGUGGAGAAGGAAGUGGCCACGGAAGGAGAGACGCCCCGGCCCAGCCCAGAGGGGAGCAGCGUGGACAAGCCUACACCACAGGAACUGGCUGCUGAGCUCCAUGGCUACAUCCAGCGUCUCCGGGCACGCUGGGCCCUGGUGAAGAUCCCCCCAGCACUCUGCCCUGCCCCCACACCCAGGCCCACCAUGCCUCACGCGGAAGCGACCGUACAGGCCGUCCUGGAGAUACAGCCUGGCCCAGCUCUGCCCCGGCUGGAGAAGUCUCAGAUCCAGCAGGACCUGGUGGCCACUCGGGACAGUCUGGCGGACCUGGUGCUGCGGCUGCAGCUGGCGCGGCGGGAGAAGCGCGGGCUGGAGCUGCGGGAGGCGGCGCUGCGGGCCCAGGGCCCCGCCCACCUGCUGCUGCUGCAGCAGCUUCGCUGGGAGCAGGCUCACCUGGCGGGCGCCGGCGGCAGCAGCAGAGGCAGCAGCGAGGACCCGAGCAGCGAAGAGGAGGAGGAGGACCAGGAGGAGGAGCCCCAGCAGCGCCAGGGCCCUCCUGCCCUCCCUGGUGGCCAGAUGGGCAGAGCGUGGGACGCUGAGACCUUAUCCCAGGAACUGUCGGCGUCCCUUGCCCGGUGUGUGUCUCGGGCCUGGCUGGGGGUGGGUGGGUGCGCACGCAAGUGUGGUGGGGAGCACUGUAUCCAGCAGAUACUGCCGAGGCGGGUGGCAGUCUGCGGGUGUGCUGGGAGGGAGGGCGAGGGUUGGGAGCGGCUGGGAUGGUCUACGGUGCCCUUGCAGGGCGGCGGAGCUGCGGGCUCAGCUGCAGUCCCUGCGGCGGCAGCUGGAGCAGGUGGCUCAGAAGGGCCGGAGCAGACGUGCUCAGAGCGCGGAGCUGAACCGGGAGCUGUGCAAGGCUCACAGCUCCCUGGUCUUGGCCUUCAGAGGAGCCCACCGGAAGCAGGAAGAGCAACGCCGGAAGUUGGAGCAGCAGCUAGCUCGGAUGCAGGCCCAGCAGGCAGAGGAACUGGCAGUGCUGGCAGCCACAGCCCGAGCCCUGGGGCAGCCGGGGGCUCCCCAGCCAGGCCAGACCUUCCUGUAGGACCCGGACCCAGCUCGCGUGUAACACGCAGGUGUGGCGGCCACGUCAUGAAGUGUCCUGUCGUAGGCUGGAGAGACGGCUCAGCGGUUAGGAGCGUCUGCUGCUCUUGCAGAGGACCUGGGUUCAGUUCCCAGCCUCAACAGCCACAGGCACUGGACCAUCAGCUAGGAGGAUCUGUCGCCCCCUUCUGGACUCUACAGGCUCUGAAGUCAUGUGCACGCACACGCAUCCACUCACAUACGCGUAAUUAAACCGAGUGUCCUGUCGUGACAUCA